AUUUUCUCGUAAAAAUGACUGGAUGGUUUAUGAAGUUCGGCUGCGCAACUUCAACCCUUCCUUACUUAUAGUUUUGUUCAUUUUGAUAUAUUCAAGACCGCAAAAUAUGAUAUCAAAUAUUGUGGGUUGCAACAAUAUGGAUCAAUAUCGUCAAAAGGCAUUUAUAUAUUAAACGAUUUUCAAGUAAAUGUCUAGAUUUACAAUAGUUCAAAAUGGAUAACGACAGUGCAAAAACACGCAGACAAGAUUGUGACUAUCCGAGCAGUAAAGUCCUGGCGGCACUUCAACAACUGUUGGAAAGGCAAUUUUCAUCCAAAUCGUUUACUUAUAAACUGUUGCCAGCUACUAAAAAAGGUGAAAACUACAUAGGAAUUGUGUAUCGCGUUUCUGUUAAAUUAAAUACAAAUUGCGGUGUUCGUCUUUCUAAUUUAAUUCUUAAAAUGGCACCACGAAAUUCUACAAGACGUAAGCAAUUUUUUAUCAGGCCCUGUUUUCUGAGAGAAGCUCUUGCUUAUGAGGAGUUCUUACCAAUGAUUGAAAAUUUUCAAUACAAUAAAGGACUAUCAGAAGAAUGCCGUUUUCAUGAGUAUGCCAAGAGUUUUUAUACUUCAACAGAUGAAUUCGAAGAAGUAAUAUUUUUGGAGGACUUAAGUUUACAGGAGUUUAGGGUGUUUGACCGUUUCGAUGAUUUUCAAUUUGAACAUAUUGCAAUAGUAAUGCGAACAUAUGCAAAAUUACAUGCAGUCUCUUUCGCCAUUAAAGACCAGCAGCCUCAAGCUCUAGAUAAAUUUCGAAAUAUUGAAGAUAUUUUUCUACAACACAAGGAUGUUUCAAAUUUAAAUAUUUAUUUUGAGGGAUUAAAAAGGACUGCGCUGGCAUGUUUGGAACUGGAAAAUGAUGAGUAUAAGCAAGCCCUGGGCAAAUUUUUUAAGCGUCCAUUUUUUGAAAUUUUUUCGGAUCUAAUUGAUGGUAACAAAUAUGAACCAUAUGCAGUAUUAUGUCAUGGAGAUUGCUGGAACAACAAUUUAAUGUUUAAGCUGGAGGGCACUGAUGCCAUCACAAUGCGUUUGUUGGACUGGCAACUGUUACGAUACUCGUCUCCAAUUAGCGAUCUGAUGUACUUUAUUUUUACCUGUACCUCAAGAAAAUUCAGAAAAGCACAUUACGGAGAUGUUCUAAAUGUUUACUAUGAGGAAUUAAUUCGGCACAUCAGCAGUUUUCUUCAUAGACUUGGAUCUAAUCCAUUUAAAUUGUUUCCUCGAGAAAAAUUCGACGAGGAAUUAAAAAAUAGAGGGGCUGUUGCUAUACUUUUUGCAAUGAUUGUGCUUCCAAUUAUAACAUUAAAAAGUGAAGAUGUGCCCAACCUUGAAAAUCUUAGCGAACAGGCAGAAAUUGGGAAACUAAAAAAUUUAAAGGACUCCGGUCUUCUAUGCGAAGGAAAUUUACACGAGUACAGCGAGCGAAUGCGCGACGUUAUCAUUGAUUGCAUUAAUUUUGGAUAUAUACACUAAUGAUUCAUUCAAAGUCAUUUAAGUCUAAAUUUAUAUUUUUAUUAAUACAUUAUGAUUACCUUUAUAUCAGUUGCUAUUAAAUUAAUGUGCGGUGAGUGUUUCAAUUGUUUCACACUUUGGGCAAAACGAAGAGUUGAUAAGGUCUCAGAUAGAUCUGAACGAUGAGGACUAAUGCAAGCCAAAAGUGUUAAA